AUGCAGCAGCCCACUCCGUCCGAGGAGACGGCCAAUCUCCUCGCUCGACUUUCCUCGCGACCCGGAGUGCAGGGAACUCUGAUCUUGUCUCGCGACACGGGCUCCAUUGUCCGCUCUUCAGGAUUGUUGACCGAGGAGGAAGAUGGCGACGCUGAGGCUGCUCGUCCGACCAGCAGCGAUGCCACCAAUGGCACCGAUGGCGAGGCGGCGAAGAAAGGGACCCGCCGGGCGGAAGAUGUGGCGCGGCUGGUGUGGAGAUUUGUGCAGAGUGCAGGCAGCAUGAUUGAAGAGCUCAAUGGCGAGUCGGAUGAGGCCAAGUUGCUGCGUAUCCGUACGAGGAAGAAUGAGGUGGUCAUUGUGCCUGAUGCGAAGUUCCUGCUGGUUGUCAUCCAUGACACUCCUCCUGCGUGA